AUGGCCUCUUCUUGUGUUUUGCGUGAAGACGACCCGGAGAAGAAAAAGACGACCCGGAGAAGAAAAAGACGACCCGGAGAAGAAAAAGACGACCCGGAGAAGAAAAAGACGACCCGGAGAAGAAAAAGACGACCCGGAGAAGAAAAAGACGACCCGGAGAAGAAAAAGACGACCCGGAGAAGAAAAAGACGACCCGGAGAAGAAAAAGACGACCCGGAGAAGAAGAAGAAAAAGACGACCCGGAGAAGAAGAAGAAAAAGACGACCCGGAGAAGAAGAAGAAAAAGACGACCCGGAGAAGAAGAAGAAAAAGACGACCCGGAGAAGAAGGAGAAAAAGACGACCCGGAGAAGAAGGAGAAAAAGACGACCCGGAGAAGAAGGAGAAAAAGACGACCCGGAGAAGAAGGAGAAAAAGACGACCCGGAGAAGAAGGAGAAAAAGACGACCCGGAGAAGAAGGAGAAAAAGACGACCCGGAGAAGAAGGAGAAAAAGACGACCCGGAGAAGAAGGAGAAAAAGACGACCCGGAGAAGAAGGAGAAAAAGAAGACCCGGAGAAGAAGGAGAAAAAGAAGACCCGGAGAAGAAGGAGAAAAAGAUGACCCGGAGAAGAAGAAGAAAAAGAUGACCCGGAGAAGAAGAAGAAAAAGAAGACCCGGAGAAGAAGAAGAAAAAGAUGACCCGGAGAAGAAGAAGAAAAAGAUGACCCGGAGAAGAAGAAGAAAAAGAUGA